AGUCCAAAUUACUCAGUUAUUGCAAAUAGAAGAAAUCUUGAAACACAGUGUUAGGUUUACGUGCUUAGUUAAACAAAACCACACAAUGCAGUACUAACAUCAUAUUCUAAACUUAAGUUUCUAAAGAAUUCAAUAUGGAACAAGAUGAAGCCCUGUUGCUUGUACGGGAGCAGGACAUGAAGAAGCGAAUGAACGGUGGCCAACAAUUUAUUGAAUUCUUAAGUUUGAACAGCGGAGACCUCUUGUGGACAAAUGUGGAUAAAAUCGUGGACGCUUUGGCAACUUAUUGGGUCAGUUCAAGCAAUUUCAAGGUUGCACUUUUGGGUUUGGAUAUUCUAAGUUUACUGGUAGAAAGGUUACAAGAUGAUUUCCAGCAAUACUACCAUCUCAUUCAAAUAGCAUUGACUGACCGUAUGGGGGAUCAGAAGGAUCAAGUCCGAGAUGCGAGCAUCACUCUUCUUACCAACAUUAUGGAUGUAGCUUCAUCUCCUCAGUAUGUAUUCGAACGAUUCUCAUCUGCGUUUACCCACAAAGUAUGGAGGGUACGCGAGGGUGUAUGUCGCCUCCUUGUGGCCACGAUCAACCGAUUCGGAGCUCGCUCGUUAUACCUAAGCAAACUUCUUCCACAUGUGUGUGUGCUUCUUGGUGAUCCAAAUGCACAGGUUAGAGAAGCAGCAGUUUUUACAUUGGUGGAGAUUUAUCGCCACGUUGGUGAAAAAGUGAGACAAGAUAUUGCGAAGAAGAAUUUACCAAAUUCAAGACUCAGUGUUUUAUACAAGAAAUUUGAUGAAGUACUUCAAUCAGGAAACAUGGUAACAGCAUCUGAUACAGGUUCUGUAGCAAGUUCCACAGGAAGUUACGAUUCAGUUGAAUCAUCUUCAUCCAUCGGGCUCAUGCGACCUCCCAUGACCUCUGUGGUUGCCAAUAACAACAACAGUCGAGCUGUCACCAACAAAAUGUCAUCAGUGACCGUGAAGGACGGUCCAUCACGGCAAAGUGCUGUCCCACGUAAAUCAACAAUGGCAACGAUGCGUCCUUCAACUGGUGUUAAUCGCUCCAAUGCAGGAGCUGUAGAUGAGGAGACAUUCGUCCGUGAUUUUACCUCCAACCUCCCCACCAUCCAUUUAUACGGAUCCCGGGAUCUCGAUGAUCAGAUGAACCGCAUCCAAGCAGUAAUCUCCGAUGAGAAGAAGGAUUGGGAGGAAAGAUCUAAAUCGUUAAAAGCCCUGCGUGCAGUUGCGUUGGCAGGAGGUACAGAAUACGAUGCGUUCUACCAACACUUGCGUGUCAUGGAACCUUCGUUACAGUUUAACGCAAAAGAUUUACGAUCGCAAGUUGUGCGGGAGACCUGUGUUACUGUGGGGUGUUUAUCAUCAAUACUGAAGAACCAGUUCGAACACACCGCGUGCGUAUUGAUGCCAACUUUGUUUAAUCUUAUCAAAAACUCAGCAAAAGUCAUGUCCACAUCUGGUGUAUUAACCAUCAAAACUAUUUUAAAGCACACCCAUGGCCCACGUCUCAUCCCGAUGCUCAUGAUCAACUGCACCUCGAAAACAACCUCCCUACGAAGAUUCUCCUUUGUUUUCCUUGACAUUGUUCUACAAAAAUGGGCCUCACAGCUAUUAGAAAGGCAUCUUGCCAUACUAAAAGAAGCCGUACAGAAAGGGAUAAACGAUGCCGAUUCAGAAACAAGGGAAGAAGCGAGAAAAGCGUGGUGGGCGUUGCAAGGAACUUUCCCCAACGAGGCAGAUCAAGUGUUCAACAGCCUCAACCCAAGUCAGCAGAAGUUAAUUAAAGGUCACCUGGCUACUUCUUCAUCGUCAACUGACAGCCAACCUAAGUUAGACACCAGGAAACCUCGUUCAAGCGUUACAUCCGCCGGACCACGACGUAGCAUUGUGACAUCACAAGUAGGAAGAGCACCACCAACUUCAGUUGGGCGAGCACUAGGGACACCUAAUGGCCGUUUCAUGCGAUCACGAUCCGACAUUGACCCGUCAUCUGCCAACCGGUCAAAGAUGAAAGCGAUGCGAUCUGGUUAUGGAACGUUAGGACCACGAAUACGAAACAGACAUAGUCCAUAUGGGCCACAAAGAGUAGCGAAGACAAGCACUUCAACAAUAUCUUCACUUGCACCACAGCGUGGUAGAGAGACAGAUAGAUCAUCCGUGUCACAAAGAUCGAUGUCAGCAAAUAGAACUGUAGCGAAUCGAGCCCGCUCCCCUGGUGCACAACAACCGCGCACGUUUGGUGCACGAACACCUUCAGGCCCAGCAAGAGUGAGUAAGCCGAGACCAUCGUACACGAGUCGCGACCAUAGUCCUAAUGGUAGAAGCGCUUCACAUGGAGGUCGUACCCCAUCUGCAGUUGCACAAUCUCCCAUGAUGAGAGUGUUACCCAAAGGACGAGAGGGAGAGAUCGCGUUGAACGAUGCUUUGUCACGCAAGACAGGCCGUAAAACCGACGGUUACGGUCUGUCGGAUAACGACGACGACUUCUCCGAUACUUCGAGCGUUUGUUCCGAUCGUUCGUCUUCGUAUUCAAGAAAUGGUUUAAAACGUCACACCAACCACACUGAAGAUAUCACCGAGAUAUUACAAUUGUGUCAAAGUGGUUUAUGGACGGAGAGAAAGGAGGGCUUGUUUAGUCUUCAUACGCUUAUUACAAGACACAGGGUGUUCAAUCGCUUACAAAUCAAGAAAAUAAUUGAAAUAUUUAAUCGGAUGUUUGCUGAUCCUCAUGGAAAGGGGACAAAACGGGUGUUCAGCAUGUUCCUUGAAAUGCUGCCUGACUUUAUCCAAGGUUACAAAGAGAUGUUGCACGACUGGUUAUACUUCCUACUCACCCAACUGCUCAAGAAAAUGGGGUCGGACUUGCUUGGUUCGGUUCAAACUAAAGUUUUAAAAGCAUUACAAGUCACAAGAGAAUCUUUUCCCCCUCUCAUGCAGUUUAAUAUAUUGUCACGUUUUAUUGUGGAUCAAACACAAAGGCCCAACUUAAAGAUCAAGAUAGCAUUACUUCACCACAUGCUUGAUGUUACUGGUAUGUUGAAAGGAAUCGAAAUAUCAAACACAAGUGACAAUAGAUUGGCGAUAUCACGUAUUAUAACUUGGACCACUGAACCAAAGAGCCAGGAUGUCAGAAAGAUAGCAGAAGCAUUAGUGAUUUCCAUCUUCGAGCUGAACGCUCCCGUUUUCACCAUGAUGAUACGAGUUCUCCCGAAAACUUUCCAAGACGGUGCAAUGAAGGUUUUGCAUGGAUAUAUGAAGACUAACGGAGAUGUCAAUUCCGUAUCUUCUGAUUUAUCCGGUCAAGUUAUGGGUCGUGCUGCCAUGUCACCUGGAAGGACUGUGGUGUCACCUCGUGGGAGCGUGGGGACCAUUGACCUUAUGUCACCGAGAUCCAGCGUCCACAUCGAUACAGAGAAUAUGAACCAGGAGGAAAUUGCUGAAAACUUCCGUGAUAUUACGGCUGGUAUACAGAAGUUGAGAAUGGACAGUAGUGCAGAUGUUAAUGAUGCUAUCAAGAACUCUGGACAAAGUCCUGGUUUAGGGGCUUCCCCAAAUUUCAGUCGUCCUAAUUUCCCUCCACCCCUGCAACAACUACAGAACUCACCAAAGUUACCACCGGGUCGGCAAAGCAAAUACAACCCCCACGUAUAUUCGGACCAAUUAUCCCCGUUCAAUAGAGGAGAUGUGAAGGAAUCAAUAUUUGAUGAUGAUGAUAGUUUUAACGAAGAAAUCCCGACCGAAAUGUCAGACAACAUUUCCGACGUUGCGCAAUUGCUUCGUGAAGGCGGUGACAAGCGUCAUGCGCUUGAAGAACUCUCUCGUACAUUACGCAGUAGUGACGCAGUGGUGGGACUCUUAGCAUCACAGCAACAAAUACAAUGGGAUCUUCACUUCAACAAUGUCUUGUCUGGUGUGUUGGAGAUAUUGAGAACAGAUACUGAUACAAGAGUAGCCGCAUUGAAUGUUCUUCGCGAAAUGUUGCGACACCUUGCCCAUAGAUUCAAGAACUUUACCGAGAUAACCGUGAUCCAUAUUAUUGAAUCGCAUAAAGACGGAACUAAACAGGUGGUUCGUGCUGCAGAAGAAGCAGCGAACGCGUUAUGUUGUGCUGUACCCCCUAUACUAUGUGUUAAAGUUCUCAGCCCAUUAACAAGGUCAAACAAUAACGAAUCAACGCAAGCAUGUUUGAAGAUAUUGACGAACGCCAUCAACAGAUGUUCAGAGGAUGAACUGGAUAAACCACUUGUCGCUGAUCUGGUGCCUGGUCUGAUUAAGUGUUAUGAUAAUCCUGAGAGUGGGGUGCGUAAAGCUGCUGUAUUUUGUCUUGUUGCCCUACAUCGAGUAAUUGGUGAUGAAGAACUUUGUCAACACCUAAAGUCCUUGCCUGGUGGAAAGAUGAAACUUCUCCAACUUUACAUCAAACGUUCGCAGUCGAACGCUGCAACAGAAGCUUAAAGUUGCUGCUUAUUUCGACAAGACACCCGUAUUUAAAGACAUCCUGUAUGAAGGAAAGACACAAGAAUUCAAAAACAAAAAUAUUUCCCUAUGCGUGUCAGACAUUAGAAUUCUGUUAGCAAAAUAUUUUCUUCACCCUGAUAUAUAAAUUAACUUGUGCUGCGACCUUCUUACCACAUUCACCCUGCUGCACUGUGCUUCUGGUCACCUUUAUCUGUCUGCGACAAUUCCUUUGUAGCAAAGCCGUUUCUCCUUAAAUUUAUCAGACUAUAUUUAAGCGCGUAUACAAAUUUGUUUUGCAAUUUUUAAUGGGAAAACUUAUAGGCUUUUUUUGCAAUUUUAAAUGGGAAAAUUUAAUAAGCUUUUUCCCAAAACUUUUUUGCAAUUUUAAAUGGCAAAGCGUUAAUAGCUUUUCCUGCACCACACGGAUGUUCUUUAUACCCAAAAUUCGCCAUACACAUAAAACCAUAGCACACACAAUGUACCCCAUAGCUCACUUAGCCUUUAUGUCAUUUUGUCGGUUUGUAUGUUUUAUAAGUUUCUAUUACCAAAAGACAACUGACUAGCUUGGUGAUAAAUGUUCAAACAUUAAUCUAAGUGGUUUGGCCCUUGCAUGUUGUUAUGUUUUAAGUCUGUGUUUUGCAUCUAGGGUGAUUUGUGUUUCCAGGUAUUUAAUUCUGUGUCGACUACCUUAAUCAAAAACUUGCAUGGCAUCACUGGUUCCACCAACAAACCCCAUAGGUGCUGCUGCAAACUGUGACUAAAAUUCUAGCAAAAUAUUGUGACACUGGAUAAAUAUACCGCGCACAAAUGCUACUCUAUAAGAACGGUUGUAUCUUGAAUUUAUUGUAGAUAUUUCCAGGUAUUCGAAUGUUAAUUUGUUACACUUUGUCUUUAUUGUGUCUGUUUGUUCGCCAAUCGUGUUACUUUUCUUGCGAUUAUAUUUUAAAGCAUUGAAGUUUUAAAAUACACCAUGAAACAUUGAUACAACAAA